AUGCGGCUGCUUCUGCUUAAAAUAUCCCGCAUACUCCUCCUCCUGCCAGAAAUCAGCGCAGCUGGAGUAGGCAAAGCCUGGCAGGUUCUCCCAUAUGCCACCGAUUACUGGAAUCAUCCAUCAUGGCCGCGUCUCGACUCUUCCGCUUUCGAAGUUCGUAGUGUAAGCGGUGUAGGCCAUCUAACCCCCCUCGAAACUACUCAAAGAAACCUAAACCUUAACCAACCACAGCCUGUUGAACCAAACGCUGUUCCCUCGACUAAACACUUUGCAUUCAGCCAAAAAUUCGAACCCAUUUACGCAAAUUCCUUCUACGACCAUGAUGAGAACCACGACGAGACAAAUGAAGCAGAAGUCGGGGACAAAAUAUUCAGAACAGGUCUCAUGAUGACAAUUCUCAAACCAGAAUACAACAAAGGCUCCAUCAAUGAAGAAAUCGCAGACGAAGAGAAAGAAGGUAUGUCAAGGAUUCGUCGUGACACAGAAAAUGAGACAAAACUGGAACAAAUAGCCACUGCAAAAAAUGUCAGAGAAGUACGUUUAAAUUCUCCAGAGACUUGGUCCACUCAACCACUGUCCAUAGAAUAUCCUCAUAGGAGUGGUUUAGAUCAGAUGAUCCAACAAACAGUGGAGGAUGAAGAUCUACCAAAUGCAAGAAGUUAUCAAGCUCCAAGAGCAGGUUUUGUAACAAGUCACCACAGAAGAAGUUAUGAACAUAGAGAAGCUAGAGACAUGCCAGUGACUAGAGGCUAUGAUGAAUAUGACUUUCCAUGGUACAGAAACGCUAUAAGGGACAGAGACUAUGAUCCUGUCGCCUACCGUCGCGGAUUCAGUUACUAUUAUCCUGACAGAUACAGAAUGGAAAGAGACUACUAUAUGCGUGUACCCAAUGAUUAUUCUUAUUAUUAUGACAGAUUUAGGGAUGAGGAUUUGGAUCUUUAUGGUAGAAGCAGAGCUACACCUAAGAGUAAGAGAAUUAUAUAUUAUGCUACACUACCAGAAGUAGUUAGAAAGCCUGUGGACUUGAGGAAUUAUCCUAGAUCCUAUGAUGGGACUAGAUCACCUGUUUCUAGGGAUGGAACUUUUAAACGUAUACCAGGGAAUGUUGAUCCUAGCAGAUACAGGUAUAGACACUUGUAUGAUGGUUAUGAUUCUUACUCUAAGAGGUCCAGUUUUUCGGAUAGACCUUAUCCAUACCCUGAAGAUGAGAGUAGACGUAAGGUAACACUGGACAGUCUCAGGAAUAAUGAUCAUUUUGAUCAGAACAAUGACAGGAAACUGGCUAAUCAGAUUUCUGUGAGGAAUCAGGGAAAUCUACCAUGGCCAGUGCAGAUUGGAACAGAAGUGAGUGUGAAAGAUGAUGAAAAGAUCCCUGGGAGAAAAAUCUUUGGAGAGAAUAAUGGCUAUGAGAGAUUUCAGAGUGCUCAGCUUCAGAAAGCACCAGAUGCUACUGGUUCCAGUGAACUGCAGAGCGAUAAUUGA